AACUUCUUUCUGCCAGGUGGCAACCUUUUAAGAAAAAAUAGGUUUGAUCUUUUCACAUGUUGCACAUAUCGGGAAAAUAAAAGCGGAAUAUGGCCACGGAGGAGCACCAACGUUUGGCCAACAUUGUGAAGGGCUGUCACGACAGUCUGCGGCAACUCACAAAGCUGUACGGCGCAGAUCGGGCGUGGCAGGAACACACGGGACCGCACAAUGCCGAAAAGCUGGCGGAAUAUGCGGAGGCAAUGCAGCAACUGGCGGGCAUAUGGGAGACGAACACCAACAAGACAGAACUGCAGGCACGCAGUCGCAUCAAGUGGACCAUAGAUUACAUUACCAAGUACUUUUACACCGAGGGCAUCUACCUGCAAAAGAGACAGCGGGAACAGCGUCUGAUGACGUCAUACAACGAACUGGCGACUGUAGAGUGCACGUAUAUGGAUGAGCCGCCAGACAGGCUGCAUGUGUUGGACGUUGGCAGUUGUUUCAAUCCCUUUGGCAACAUUCCGCACCUGGAAGUGACAGCAAUUGAUCUCUGUCCGGCACAAGGUGCUCUUGUGCUGCAGGCAGACUUCCUAACUGUCGAUGUGGAUGCCACUAUUACAGCACCCGACAUCUGCAAUCAGAGUGUUAACAAGUUACCCGCCAACUAUUAUCAUUGCGUCAUAUUCAGCCUGUUGCUGGAGUACAUGCCCCGAGCAGAGCAGCGAUUACUUUGCUGCCGCAAGGCCUAUGAACUGUUGCAUCCCGAGGGAAUCCUAGUCAUCAUCACACCCGACUCACAGCAUGUGGGCAAGAAUGCCAGCCUGAUGAAGAACUGGCGCUUCGCACUGGCCAAGCUGGGACUGCUGCGUGUGCGCUUCGAGAAACUGCCCCACAUCACCUGCAUGGUUUUCCGCAGAGCCAUCAGUCAGCAGUUGUCCCAGCACUGGGCCAGUGUACACCGGGAGGAGGGGAUUUGUGAGGCCAUUCAAAUACCACAGGAUGACCAUUAACUAAUUCACUAUAUAUAUUAUAUAUGUAUGUUUAAGUUUAUCUUUAAUCUAUGAAUGUACUUCUGUGCGGAAUAUAUAUCAUAUCAUAUAUAUAUAUAUCGAGUAAAUGAUUUAUUCUA